AUGGCUCAGUAUAACUGUUCCUCUCUGGGUCUGCCUGCCACCACUCCUGACCAGCUGGGUUGGAAUGUGUCCUGGGCCCUAGGCAACGUCAGUGCUGAUGACAUGGACGAUAUGUGCCUGAAUCGGAAUCAGUACCUGGAGAAGUUUCUAGGCUUCCGGAGGUCGCCCGUUUUCCUGCCGGUUUGCAUUACCUUCCUCGUCAUCUUCGCUGUGGGAGUGUCAGGGAACGUGCUCACCUGCGCAGUCAUCAUGCGCUACAAGGUGAUGCGGACGCCAACCAAUUACUACCUGUUCAGUCUGGCCGUGUCCGAUUUAUUAGUCCUACUGCUGGGUAUGCCGUUGGAACUCUACGAGAUGUGGAGCAACUACCCGUUCCUGUUCGGCGCCAGCGGCUGUUACUUCAAAACGUUCCUGUUUGAGACGGUCUGCUUUGCCUCCAUUCUCAAUGUAACGGCACUGAGCGUGGAGCGCUACAUCGCGGUGUUACACCCGCUGAAGGUCAAGCACGUGGCCACGCACACCCAUGCCAAGCGUGUCAUCCUGAUGCUGUGGGUCAUGUCCAUGGUAUGCGCCAUGCCAAACACCAGCCUCCACGGGGUGGCCGUGUUGGGGCCCCGAUUUGGGCGCCAAUUCCCAGAGUCGGCCGUCUGCAUGGUGGUCAAGCCCAUGUGGAUGUACAACCUGAUUAUUCAGGUGACCACGCUGGUCUUCUUCCUGAUCCCUAUGCUCACCAUCACCACGCUGCACCUGCGCAUCGGCCUGCAGCUAAGCAUGGAGAGGGGCAUGCAGGGAGUGGGGACCAGGCAGGGUUUUGGUCCUGACAGCCACUGCAGUGUUCUUAGGCACCAGCAGAGGGCGCGCCACCGACAGGUCACCAAGAUGCUGUGUGAGUUCCUCAUCCACUUUCUCUAUAGUGCCAGAAGGGUAAAGAGGAGUGUCCUGGAUAUGACUGAUUAUAGACUGAUAUCUCUAUUGAAUAGGGAUUUAAAGUUAUUUGCUGAAGUACAAACCGAAAGAUUAGUUCCUAAAGAUGUCCAUUGGUACUUAAACAUUGCUCUUGCUCUCAGAAGAUAAGAUGUUAUGGAAAUGUGACAAAUUAUAGACCGAUAUUUCUUUUGAAUUGGGACUUAAAAUUCUGUGCUGAAGUACAAACCAAAAUAUUAGUUUCUAAACAUGUUCAUUGUCACUUAAACAUGUCUUGCUCUCAAUGUCUGCAAAUGUCUUGUCUUGUCUGUAUGUAUGUCCAUCUAACUGUCUAUGCAGGGGUACUGGUGAUCGUUUUUGGCAUCUGCUGGGCUCCCUUCCACAUUGACCGUCUCAUGUGGAGCUUCAUAAACAACUGGACCGACCACCACCUCCUGGUCUUCCAGUACGUCCACAUCGUCUCCGGGGUCUUCUUCUACCUCAGCUCGGUGGUCAACCCCAUCCUCUACAACCUCAUGUCCACCCGCUUCCGGGAGAUGUUCCAGCAGAUCACGUGUCGCUCCGGCCUCUGUGGCGGCGACGUGCGCUUGCUGACCGUCCGUAGCACCCAACUGACCCUACGUAGUAUCGUCUAUGAGAAGCCGCAACAUAAUGGGACCCCAGAGAGAAUCACCCCAGACAUAGAGGAGCAGAACAUGUACGUAACCCCCCACUGCCAGCAUGUAUAUGGGAAUACAAGCCCUGAUUAG